AUGGCUAAUGCGGUUGAUAAGCCUUACAAGUGCCCUGAUUGUGAAGAUAAAUUUAUUCGCCUUACAGACAUGAUGAUUCACAGGAUGGUGCAUGACAGACAUGUCCCCCACGAGUGUCCUGAGUGUGGGAAAAGGUUCGAAAAAUAUGAAAAUAUGACAACUCACAGGUUGGUGCACGAGAGUGACAGACCUUAUGAGUGCCCUGAUUGUGAGGAAAGAUUUGGUCGCCUUACAGACAUGAUGAUUCACAGGAUGGUGCAUGACAGAAAUGUUCCCCACGAGUGUCCAGAGUGUGGGGAAAGAUUCGAACAAAUUGAAGAAAUGAUCGUUCACAGGGAGGUGCAUAAUGAGGUAAAUGUGGAAAAUGAUACGGACAAAUUGUAA